AUGGUUUGCAAGCAGAUUAAGUUGCUGGACUUGUCUGGAGCCAAAUGCAAAACCACUCCAAUGAAUGCAGCUCACAAGUCUGUUGAGCAACCCAAUUUUGUCUGUUUUGAGAAACCCGAGGCAAUUGUGAGAUUAACAGAUCUGUGCAAUUUCACUGUACAAAUGCAAGGACAGUGAGCAAGAUCACUUACGUGAAGAGAAAAGAAUCUGAAGAAGUGUGCAUGCACACGAAAGCUCAUACCAAUAACAAACUUAGUUGGUCUCUAAGGUGCUACUGGAAGGAAGUUUUUUAUUUUGUGAAGACAAAAAACAGCAAAGUAUUACAUCACCUCAAAGCAGCAGUAGGGGACCUGUGGGCCUCCAGACAUUGUGGGACUCCAAUUCCCAUCAGCCCCAGCCAGCAUGACCAAUGAUCAGGAAUGAAGGGAGUUGAGGUCCAAUAAUUUAUGGAGGUUCUCCACCCCUGUCUUAAAGACUAACAGAUAUAUUUUCCUAAAGACAAGGGCCAUAAUCAAUAACAGGCUGUACUAUACAGACCGAUUUUUUCAGAGGCAAAGCUGGUAAUUGGUGGAGAAAAACAACCUUUCUCCAAGAGAUGAAAUGUAAAUAACCACGCGGAUUAUGGAGCCACAGGUAUUCAUUCUUUGCUCCAGCUCUCAACACGUGGGGCUGUUUCCAAUGUUAGACAUACUCAGACCCAUUGGAAUUAGGGAACAUGACUAAGGCUGUGAAUACAGUAUCUGUUUAAAACGCAGCUAAGUCGUUAUUUUUAUCAAUUCAGAUUGAAGCUGGCUUGGGGAUAAUGCAUCAAAACAUUGCAUUUCUUAAGAAAAAACACAGGAUAGAUGCAGAUUUUGGCUAAUGUUGUGUGAAUGGUACUAUCCGAAGCAGUGGUGGUGGGAACGCACUGGAUGCAGAGUAAACAUGUGUGAUUGCAGAGCCUAACCUAGCCGCAUUAAUUUCAACAAGUCAGCUCUGAGUAGGACUUACAGUGGUACCUCGGGUUACAUACGCUUCAGGUUACAUACGCUUCAGGUUACAGACUCCGCUAACCCAGAAAUAGUGCUUCAGGUUAAGAACUUUGCUUCAGGAUGAGAACAGAAAUCGUGCUCCGGCACUGCGGCAGCAGCGGGAGGCCCCAUUAGCUAAAGUGGUGCUUCAGGUUAAGAACAGUUUCAGGUUAAGAACGGACCUCCGGAACGAAUUAAGUACUUAACCCAAGGUACCACUGUAGCUGGAUCCUUGGUUUAUAAUUUAACUUGCUUAUCAGUAUUCAAAUUCAGACUUAAUUUAUUAAUUAUUAUUAUUAUACCAGCCCAUCUAGCUGUGUUUCCCCAGCCAUUCUGGGCGGCUUACAGCCUCGGCCCAGUAUACCUGAAGGAGCGUCUCCACCCCCAUCGUUCAGCCUGGACACUGAGGCCCACCUCCAAGGGCCUUCUGAAGAUUCCCUCAUUGCGAGAAGUGAGGUAGAGGGCCAUCUCAGUAGUGGCUCCCAUCAGAUGUCAAGGAAAUAAACAACUAUCUGACUUUUAGAAAUCAUCUGAAGGCAACCCUGUUUAGGGAAGUUUUUAAUGUUUGAUGUUUUAUCACUUUAUUUAUUUAUUAUAAUUCUGUUGGGAGCCGCCCAGAGUGGCUGGAGAAACCCAGUCAGAUGGGUGGGGUAUAAAUAAUAAAUUUGUUGCUGUUGUUGUUAUAUCAAAACAUAAUAAAACAUUAAAAACUUCCAGAUACGGGGCUGCCUGUAUUUAAGCUGCUUCACAUUUUUAAAAGUGGCAUUUAAUAUAACUGGUUUUUAAAAUACCUGAUUUAAUUGAAAACUAUUUCGAGCAUUUAAUUUAAUUUCACUUAAAAUAACUUUUAUCCAGCUGUCUGUGGAGUGUGGAGAGGAUUUGGAAUGGGGAAAUGGCAGGAAGCGAAAACACGGAGGGCACCUUCCUUGUUCCAGCUUCAUCUAAUGAAGCUGAACAUUGGAAAAUUCGGGACCAAUAAGAGAAGGUCCUUCUUCACAAAGUGAAUAGUUAAACUAUGGAACUUGCUCCUGCAGGAGGCAAUGAGGGCCGCCAACAUGGCUUGCUUUAGAAGAGGAUUGGGUAGAUUCAUGCUGGCUAUGCUUUGGAUGCAAUAAUGCUUCUGAAUACCAGUUGCUGGAACCACAGGAUGAGAAAGUGCUCUUGUUCUCAGGUCCUGCUUGCAAAUUUCCCACAGGCUUCUGGUUGGCCCCUGUGAGUACAGGAUGCUGGACCCCGGGGGCCACGGGCUGGAUCCAGCAAGCUCUUCUCACAUUCUCCUCUUUUGAAACCACCCAAAGAGACUUUGCCUGGUGUAGAUCACCUGCUGGACUUUUAUAUUACACACAUUUGCGAAACAAGCCACAGCAGAGCCAGUGUGGUGUAGUGGUUAAGAGCGGUAGUCUCGUAAUCUGGUGAACCGGGUUCGCGUCUCCGCUCCUCCACAUGCAGCUGCUGGGUGACCUUGGGCCAGUCACACUUCUCUGAAGUCUCUCAGCCCCACUCACCUCACAGAGUGUUUGUUGUGGGGGAGGAAGGGAAAGGAGAAUGUUAGCUGCUUUGAGACUCCUUAGGGUAGUGAUAAAGCGGGAUAUCAAAUCCAAAAUGAUCAAGGGGCUGAAGCAAAUCCCAUACAAGGAAGAAACGUUUGGGAUUUUUCAUUGGGACAAACUUGGCGCACAACAGAAAAGUGUUUCAGGGUUAAAUCAUUUCAAAGAGGAACAAAAGAUGUACAGAGAGAGGUCAGCACAUCCCUAGCGGUGCCUGUGAGACACCCACCCUAUAUAAAGUUCCUCUCUUUCCCUGGUAGCUAUUCCGGAAGCUUCUCCUUGCGUGACGUUGACAGGCAAACACGCACACAGGGAUGUCUGAAUGACAAGGGAGCUUGGAGGCAAAUGAGGCCAUGUGCCCGAAAAUACAGUACGUUCUAAUGGAGUGCCCUUCUCUCUCUCUCUCUGUCUCUCUGCAGCUCAGCUCCAAUGAGUCACCGUCCCCCAGUGAGAUUCCAGGCCAGGAAGAAAAAGGUGAGUGAAAGCAGCUGGCGCUCGCACACACACACACUCUUCAUCGUCUCCUCCUCUUUGUUCCAGGCUGCCAACUUCUCUGCCAGUCUCAGGGGCAUCAUCCCCACGCAGCCCCAUCCUGGGAAAAACCAAGGCUAUUUAUUUAUGUCGCCUUCCACACACGUUUCAAGGCAAUGCAAAACAUGCAAUUAAAAACAGCUGGAAAAUAGUUUUGCUUUUUUUAAUGAUGCAGAAAAUAACAGCAGAUAAAUCUGAAAACAACGGCAAGUAGAAACCCAUGGAAGAGACCUAGACCUCCAGCUGGGAAAGUUUAUAGGAACAAAAAAUGUCUUCUGUUGUUUCCGGAGAGCACAGAUAGUGGGGCACUUGUGGUAUCUGGACAGGAAUGGUGUUCUACGGUACGGGGGGAGGGAGUCCCAUUGUAGUUUAGUAUAGGGUGGGCUUCUGAGAUAUUUGGGUCUUGAAGGCGACGUUGUCCCGCAGCCCAUUGGGUAUCGAACAUUAGUCCUAUUUCGAGCAGAGCCACUGAAAAUAAUGGACAUGACUCACUUAGCCCACAUUCAUGCCAUGCAUUUAAAGCAGCAAAAUCGAAAGCAACAUGAUGGCCAGAAACAAUUACAGUAUAGAAAACUUUAUGGAAUAGUGCAAAACAUCAAAACUAUCAAACUGAAGUCUCUGAAAGUCCUUGAAUAAGUCACAGUGCCAGACUUUACCCAGCAGAGAGCAAGCCUGUAAAGGUUUGUAUAAUUGGCAAAUGUCCAAUUCUGAUGUCCAACUCUGAACUCAGCUAAACAGUGUGUCCAGAUAGCAACUACUAUUUCGUUCAGUUCUUCAUCAGAAAAUUAGUUCGACAAACACUCAUAAGUAGAAAGAUGUGCAGUUUCUUCAUUAACCAAUCUUUUUUCGAAUUGAUAUGAUAUACAUGAGAAUGAAAAGUACUCUGGAACAGUGCUCAUGCGAUUAUGUAGUCUCUGCCGGGUAAAGUCUGGCACUGUGACUUAUUCAAGGACUUUCAGAGACUUCAGUUUGAUAGUUUUGAUGUUUUGCAUUAUUCCAUAAAGUUUUCUAUACUGUAAUUGUUUCUGGCCAUCGUGUUGUUUUCGAUUUUGCUGAGUCAUAUUUUGCAACAGGGGUUUGUUGGUUGGUUUGUUUAUACAUUUAAAGCAGUCAUGGCAUUAAAUUUAAAUUAUUUAAAUAAUGUUGUUGUUGUUUAGAUUUAUAUAGUGCCCUUCAUCACAAGAUCUCAAGGCUGUUCACAGGAUAAAAAUACAAGGUGAAAACACAAGUAAAUAGUUAAAACAACAAAAAACAAAACCCUCCCCACACACUUAAUCAGCUGUAGAAUUAGUUAACAGUGCUGAGAGUUGUUAGGCGACCCCCCCCCCCAUUCUGCUCACAGGGCUACAAUUUCCAGAGUGGUUUAAGACCCACUCCCAGAUAAUUUUGGGAAUAGUAGUUCUGUGAGGAGAGUUGGGGUCUCCUAACACCUCUCUGCAUCCCUAACAAACUACAGCUCCCAGCAUUUUGGGGAGAAGCCAUGGCUGCUUGACGUGGCACGAUAAUGCUUUAAAUGUAUGGCGCGAAUGUGGUCUUAGCCUCAUUAUUUUGAAUGGGUCUACUCUGUGUAUAACAGGAGACAACCCAUAAGACAGACUCCGUAGAAGGCAGCUUCCUCUGUUCUGAUGAGUCUCUAUUAAGCCUUCAUUAAAGGGAGCUGCUGCUGCUGCUCUAACCAUGGAAAUGCGACUCGACAAGGUCUGACCGAGGGCACUCAAUGCCACUUGGGCAAAUUGCUGUAACGAGAGAGCGGACAAAAAAGGGCAGGCAAUGGCAUCCCGGAGUGCUGGAGAGGAAGGGAAGGCUCAGAGGAGAAUGACACUCUGCAGCUGCUAACAGAUCCCCUUUGCUGAGCAUGACAGCUUAUUCCUCUAGGAUGCUCUUGCCAGACACUCAGCUGCAAAGGAGAAGGGCCUUGAUCGCUUGGGGGCGGAACAUCUGCUUUGCAGAAGGUCGCAGGAUCAAUCCCAGGCAUCACUGUGUAGAGUUUAUAUUUGCCCCCUGUCUGAAACCCUAGAGAGCUGUUGCCAGUCAGAGUAGACAAUACUGAGCUGCAAAGACUCGGUAUAAGGCAGCUUCUCCUGUUGGGGAAGGGUCGCAGUUCCGCAACUGAUCAUCUGCUUAAGUAAAGGUAAAGGGACCCCUGACCAUUAGGUCACCGACUCUGGGGUUGCGGUGCUCAUCUCACUUUAUUGGCCGAGGGAGCCGGCGUACAGCUUCCGGGUCAUGUGGCCAGCAUGACUAAGCCGCUUCUGGCAAACCAGAGCAGUGCACGGAAAAACAGUUUACCUUCCCGCCGGAGCAGUACCUAUUUAUCUACUUGCACUUUGAGGUGCUUUCGAACUGCUAGGUUGGCAGGAGCAGGGACCGAGCAACGGGAGCUCACCCCGUCGCGACCUUUUGAUCGGCAAGUCCUAGGCUCUGUGUUUUAACCCAAAACACCACCCGUAUCAUCAGGUAGACCCGGGAGAAGGCUCCUUUCUGAAACCUUGGAGAGCUGCUGCCAGUCAGUGCUGAGCUAGAUGGACCAAUCGUCUGUCUUGGUAUAAAAGGACCAAGAAGGAGCUGCCAUUAACUUUCCCUCCCCUUCUCUACUGGCUUGUUGUUUGAGAGUUAGUUCUGUUAGCUCCUACCUUUUCUCCAGGGCACUCAAGGUGCUGCGUGUGGUUCUCCCUCUUCCCAUGUCAUCCGCACAGCAAUCCUGCAAGGUGCUUCAUGGCUGAAUGAGGCAUUUGAACCUUGGUCUCCAUCUCUUGCUCCAGACCGGCAGUCAGGUCUGGCAAAAUGUAGAGCAAAUGUAAUCAGGACCAUGGAGAUUUCCUUUAAGGGCCAGAUGCAGAAAGAGGCGGCUCAGUACUGAGAAGCGGGAAGUUUGGGACAUUGUUGCUCCAACAUUUGAAAUUCUGAAUGUUCUGCAAAAAUUUGAGAGGUGGGGGUUACAUCAGAACAAGGAGGGGGAGAAAGCACCCCUCUUUUGUAUUUUAUUUCGAGUGGGGAGCAGGAGUCGGAGGAGUAUGUGUGAAACUUGUUGGUGGUCUUCUUCCAUGCAUGAUGGGGAAUUAGACCUGGCAGCAAGAAUAGCAGUAAGGAAUGCUGGCAAAAUCUGCACCCCCAAAAAAUCUCCACUCCAACUUUCCACUGAGAUCCAGCUUCCUUUUGAAAUUCAUUUGCAUUAGAGGCCUGUGUAUAUCAUCAUCAUCAUCUUAUUUGUUUCCACCUUCUUCAUAGCUAAAACCAUGAUCUAGGUGGCUUUGUUGUUGUUUAGUCGUUUAGUCGUGUCCGACUCUUCGUGACCCCAUGGACCAGAGCACGCCAGGCACUCCCGUCUUCCACUGCCUCCCACAGUUUGGUCAAACUCAUGCUGGUAGCUUCGAGAACACUGUCCAACCAUCUCACCCUCUGUCGUCCCCUUCUCCUUGGGCCCUCCAUCUUUCCCAACAUCAGGGUCUUUUCCAGGGAGUCUUCUCUUCUCAUGAGGUGGCCAAAGUAUUGGAGCCUCAGCUUCAGGAUCUGUCCUUCCAGUGAGCACCCAGGGCUGAUUUCCUUAAGAAUGGAUCGGUUUGAUCUUCUUGCAGUCCAUGGGACUCUCAAGAGUCUCCUCCAGCACCAUAAUUCAAAAGCAUCAAUUCUUCGGCGAUCAGCCUUCUUUAUGGUCCAGCUCUCACUUCCAUACAUCACUACUGGGAAAUCUAGGCGGCUUACAACAUGUAAAAAAAGUUUACAUAUUUACAGACAUUAACAAAAGUAGUCAUGAACAAUAAAUAAAGCACAUCAGGAAGCGCACAACCAAACUGAAUAAUUUCAACAGAAAUCAUAUGUAUAGCGUAGUAAGAUCUAAAAAUAAAGAUGCAAAAAAUUAAAAUCAGUAACACAAAACCACAUAAACAAUGCCCCAGCCCAAGAGUGUGUUCAGUGACCUCACCUUUUCCAGGUAGAGUGGGUUGUCUUCCUUUCCAUCACACUUCCAUUUACUCUGAAUUCAGUGCUCUCCCAUCGCUGGUUUGGAAGUAGUGCACAGAAAACAUGAGCCAAAAUCCAUAUCGAUCCUGUCAUUUUUAAAAAAUGAAAUAUUGCAUACUGGUGUGUUUCCGCCCAGACUGGCUUUGAUCCAAAUUGAGAAAAAGAACAACCCAGAUGCAUGCUAAGCCUGUAAUAUGUUCUCAGACUUAAUUAAGGGCAAGAGAGUUAAUGACUAAGCAGCCCAUAAGAACUUAAGAACUUACAACUGAUUUUUUCAUUAUUAAACUUGACCGCAUGCCUUUGCUUUGGGUCAGGUAACAUAAUCAAAACAAUGUUUUUCCUACAUUAUUUGAUUGUUUGAUUAUUUGAUUGUUGUUAGCCGCCCUGAGCCCGGCUUCGGCUGGGGAGGGCGGGAUAUAAAUAAAAAUUAUUAUUAUUAUUAUUACAUGCACACACACUCUUUUUAAUCAAACAUGGAUUACCUCAGGAACAGGGAGACGCUUUAUACAAAGUGAAAACAUCAGCCCACCUGGCUUUGUAUUGUCCACACUGACUGGCAGCAACUGACUGGGUUUCAGAGAUGGUUCUCUCAGUCCUACCUGCAGAUUCUGAGGAUUGAACCAGGGACCUUUUUCUACUUGAGAGUUGACAGCAGCCCAAAGUGUGAAUAUCUAUUAUUAUUAUAAUUAAUAAUAAUACUAAAAUCCUUAAUAUGAAAUGAUGGUGGGGUUUUUGUUAUUCAUAUAUUAGCUCCCUUUCAUUCCUUUUUUUUUAAAAAAAACGUUAUAUAUAUUGUCCUUACCCUCCCCCCACUUAGUUAUAUUUGUGAAUAUAAGAUUAUUAUUUUUUAAAAAAGGUUCUAUCAACUGAUAGCGGGGGUGGAAUUAUGUUCAACUAGAAGGGAGAAGAACCUGUGACCCUCUAGAUGUUGCUGGACUUAAGACUCCUAUCCUCCCGAACUGGCCAUGCCAUUUGGAGCUAAUGGGAUAGAUAAAAACGUGGGGAAGUUAAUGUGUGAGCACACACCUCCCUUCCAACUUCCACACCCACCCUCCACACACUUUGUCCCCGUUCUAGACAGUGAUUGUGGCCUGAGUAAGGCGGGCUGUCAUUCACAGAACGCCAAAGGAAGAAAGGGUGGGAGGAAUAGAGGCAGUGGUACUUAGGCCCCGUCAGCUAACGGUUGCUAGGCAACCUGGAGGCUGCGAUGCUUUCUGCCCUUGCAGCUCUCUGCCUGUGGUUGCUAGGCAACCCAAUAUCCAUGCUGCCCUGACCACCUCUAGGGCAGGGCAGGGCUAGGCUGUGAAGGUCAGCGCCCUCACAGGGCCUACUCAAAGAGUAGACUGUGCUCUGGCACUGAUGUCCCGAGUUCAAAACGCACGCAGGCCGCACCCCUGGUGGAGGGCAGGCAUAAAUGGCUACUUCAAAUGUCCUGAAGUGUCUUGAUCCUUUUUUGGCUUCCCAUUUGGAUGCUUUUUUAAAAAGUACUUUUUUAUUUUAUUUUUUAUGUGCUGGAAGCCACCCAGAAUGGCUGAGGAAACCCAGAUAGGCGGGAUAUAAAUAAUAAAAUUGUUAUUUUAUUUUUUACAACUGACAAUUGGCACGUGUACAUGUUCUUCUAAAUCAGGGGACACCAAUGUGGCGCCCUCCUGGACGCUAACUCCCAUUACCCCAGCCAGCAUGGCCAGUGGUCAGGGAUGAUGGGAAUUGUAGUCCACCAAUAUCUGAGGGCAUCACAUUCAAUACCCUCAUCCAAGUUUCUGCCUACCAGCAGCUGCCUAUUCAGGGCCAGAUUAAGGCCCUAAGCACUGAAAAGAUAUGGUUCCCCCCAUAUGUAAUUCAAAAUGAAAGCAAUGCUAAACCAUACAAUAAAAAAUUGUUUUUCAAAAUCACACAAAACUGAGACGCAUGCUGAAAUGAAAGCAGCUACUUCUAGAUGACGCCUUUGAUGCUUUUUUAAAUAUCAAAUGUCAAAUUCUUCAAUAAUUUUUUCUUUCGCUGCUGCUCUUGGCUGACACCCUAAGCACGUGCCGAGCCUGUUUAUUGGGUAAUCCAGCACACUCUGUCGAUUUAAUUUAAAUAUACUGACCCUGUGGAGUGGGAGGAGGAGCAGAUCCAGGGCAGGAUUUGGGUGGUUGGGACAGAUCAUCAAAAAUGGGGGCAGAGUGAAGACUGAACAUGACAGCUUACGUGGGUGAAGGCUGGCAGCAUCCUGAGUUUAUUGGCUCUUAAGAACCACAACUACCUAGUAGCUGGCAAAUGACUGUUAUAUUGUUCGGGCCUGUGAAACAGGGGCAGGAUAACCUGUGGUCCUUCAGAUUCUGUAGAACUUCAGCUCCCUCCAUCCCUAGCCAAUGGGCCAUACUUGUUGAGUUAAUGGGAGCUGCAGUCUGACACACUUACCUAACCAAUGGCUGAUUGGCUGAGAGGGAUCUGUACUCCUCUUUGCAGUGGUGUCUGCUGCCGGUGGACACAGAAGCCGUGGUCCUCUGUCUCCUUCAAGCAACAGUUUCUGAGUUAUAGGGUCAUUUCAGUCUGUCAGGGGUCGCCAAUGUGGUGACCUCCAGCUGUUGUUGGACUCCGAUCCCCAUCAGCCUCAGCCAGCGUGACCAAUGUUCAGCGUUGAUGUGAGUUGUAGUCCAGUGAGAAGGUUGUUAGCGUCCAUUUGUCUUGAAAGACAAUGGAGCACAUCUCUGGGGGCCAAGUCAAACUGUUGUAAGCCAAAAAUAGCUUAUCUCCUGAGAUUUUUGGCUUACAACAAAACCGUUUGAUAACUACAGUGCCAGAUGUGACGAUAACUCAUAACUGCUGCCUUCUGCAUGUUUUUUGCUGCAUUAGAAACACCAAAAUGACCUCUCUGGGGCGCAUGUCUGGGCAGUGUGUAUGGAGGUCCUGGGCUGCCCAGAUGACAAGACCCCCUUCUUACCAUCACUGAUGUGGUCCAAAGGAAAGCAGAGCAAGACAUUUGGCAGGAGUUGCCAGAAGGAGGUGUACAGUACAAGGCGCCAGCCAACUAUCUUAGGGACUCCACUCUGUUUUUGUGUAGGGUUUACUCCUUCCUGACCAUUGGACCCACUAUUGGUCUUGUCCACUCAACUCUCCAGAACCUGCCUUCACGUGCAGGGGAAGCUCCUAACUCACUGAGGGUUUGAGACCCAUCGGCUCCCCUCACCUGGUUUAUUCCUUUAUCUGCCUGAACCAUCCAUUUUCUUGGAUGUCCUCAAACUCUAGAAUAAUAAUAAAAAAAUUGUAUUUAUAUCCUGCCCUCCCCAGCCGAAGUCGGGCUCAGAGCAGCCAACAAUAAGGGAGGGAGAAAAACUCUAUAUCCACUUUCUCCUUGCCUAACAUAACUUUAUAAACUUCUAUCAUGUUGCUGCUUAUUUGCCUUUUUUCUGAACAAAGAAGUCUGCAACCUUCCCUUGCAGCAGAGUCGCUCCACCCUCUCGAUCACUUUUGUGCAAACGUCCACUACGGUGCCAUUCCCUACUUUGUGUUCAAUGCGUGCACCUGUUGAUUCUCCACACAGACAAAGCGGGGAGUGCCAAGAAGGUGGUAGAAGCAGAAGAAGAGGAAGUAGACAUUGACCUGAAUGCGCCCGAGACGGAGAAGGCCGCCCUCGCCAUCCAGGGGAAGUUCCGGCGCUUCCAGAAACGGAAAAAGGACCCCAGUCCCUGA